AUGCUUCUUUCUACCCGCCUCGUUGCCGCCGUUCUGGCCGCCCUACCCCUGGCCGCGGCCUACCCUCCGGAGCUCGCCCGCAGCACGCGCGAGUUCUGCCAGAGCGAGCCCAGCCCGGCGCUGCUCGCGCUGCACGAGAAGAUUGUCACGGGCGACCAGCCGACGCUGGACAAGAUUGCGCAGGGCGAGGAGAUUAUUGCCGACGCGCUCGCCAAGGGCGACGCCGGCCUGCACGGGCGCACCACCGGCAUGACCGUCACCAAGCGGGAGACGGGCGAGCUGAUAACCCUCGACGCGUGGUUCCACGUCGUCUACAACUCCAACUCGACCGCCGGCGGCUACAUCCCGCCGGCCAAGCUCCAGGAGCAGCUCCAGGUGCUCAACAAGGCGUACGACCCGAGCAACCUCGGCUUCCGGCUCGUGGGCAGCACGUACACGGAGAACGCGGCGUGGGCCAACGACCCGGACGGCAACGAGACGCCGAUGAAGACGGCGCUGCACCGGGGCGACUCGCGCACGCUCAACCUGUACUUUGUGCCGGGCCUCGGCAACGGCGGCGUCUGCGUCUUCCCCAACAUGAACGCGUACGGCAACGAGGCGCUCGCGCUCGACGGCUGCAUGGUCGGCACCUUUUCCCUGCCCGGCAACAAGGGGCCCUUCAACAUGGGGCUCACCGCCGUCCACGAGGUCGGCCACUGGUUCGGCCUGCUGCACACCUUCCAGGGCGGCUGCGACGCCGUCCGCGGCGACUUCAUCGCCGACACCCCCGCCGAGAGGACCGCUAAUGUCGCCGUCUGCCCCGCCGGCCGCGACACCUGCCCGGAGCUGCCCGGCCUGGACCCGAUUGAGAACUACAUGGACUACUCCAACGAUGCUUGCUACAACACAUUUACCCCCGGCCAGACCAGCCGCAUGCGCUCGCUGCUGGCGCUGGUUCGUCUCGGGCCUCUUUCUUAA